AUGCGAAAGCAUGAGAGCCCAUCCAGCAAGGGUUUGGGAAAUGACGCUAUGAACAAGGCAUUAGAUCAGAUCUUCAGAUCACCUUUCGCACACAGAAUCGAAGGGGCUAAGUUACCUCGAAACUUUAAUCAACCAACGUUUGCCAUCUACAAUGGCCGAGCAGACCCGGUGGAGCACGUAAGCCAGUUUAACCAAAGAAUGGCCAUCCACUCCCAAAAUGAGGCUCUGAUGUGUAAAGUCUUCCCGUCGAGCUUGGGGCCAAUGGCGAUGAGAUGGUUCAACAGCCUAGAGGCAAAUUCCAUAGGCUCCUAUAGGCAGCUCACUCAGGCUUUUUGUUCUCGCUUUAUUACGAAUAGUAGGGUCCCUCGACCCUUAAGUUCGUUAUUGUCUUUAUCCAUGCGCGAAGGAGAAACCCUAAAGACGUACUCGGAUAGAUAUUGGGAGAUGUAUAACGAGCUAGAUGAGAACCACGAUAACGUUGCUAUCAGUACGUUCAAAAGCGGUCUCCCUACCGAGCAUGGCUUAAGAAAAUCUCUCACUGGUAAACCCGUUACCAACGUUCAUCAGCUAAUGGAUAGGAUUGACAAGUACAAAAGAGUAGAAGAAGAUCAGCUACAAGGAAAGGGAAAUGAGAAGAUCGUUCCCCCCAAAGGGAAUGAUUUCAGGUCGGAACGAUAUAACCAUAACUAG